AUGCCACACAGUGAACUAAAACAUGAAUAUUGUCGGUCCGUGCGACAACUGACCAAGAUUGUCGACAAAUUUGUUAGCCAGGAUGGCGACGGACAGGACAUGGAAACGCUGUUACAAGAGUGUAUUGACACAUUAGUAAACUACCAAGAGGAAACCAAAAAGUUGAAAAAAACGCUUCUGACGCAUUCAGAAUGGAGUCCGAGUGUUUUUGAAGGCUACGAAGCGGUGUUUGUGUAUUACAAAAUCGUAUCUCAAAUCGUGCUUAGCAAGAUCCCGGAGCUGGAACAGUUCAAGAUCGCGAAAGCUGCCGCAGGCAAUGACGCAAUAAAUGGUCGUGAUAAAGGUCUUAUGGAAGUUUACAAUAUGCUGGUCAAAACGCUCCUGACAGACGACAAAAUCGGCGACGUGCGACGGUACAUUAAGGAACAUUCGAAAAGGGACCUCGAUGGAUCGGGUUCUUCUUCUUCGGCAUCUUCGGCCGCUACACUACAGUACGACAUCCACAGUGGUCAGGCGAUUGCGUCGAGCGUUUUGAAAGAGCUCAUGAACAACAGUCGUGUUUUGCUGAUAGAUCUCCGGCCACGUACUCAGUUUGUUGCGUCUCAUAUAGCGAGCAACACGCUCAUGUGCCUGGAACCCAUUUCUUUUAAGGACUCUUAUUCGGAUGCAGAUCUACUGAAAAAAUCUCUCAUCACCUCUCCAGAUUUCGAGAUAGAUUUGUUUAAGAAAAGGGACACCUACGAUUUCGUCGUCAUUUACACAAGUUCCGCUGAGCGGACUGGAUUUAACGAGCAGCAACAGUCUGCUCUUGUUCAUAUUCUUUUGAAUCGAUCUUUCGAGGCUCCACUCAAAUCAACCCGUGUUCUUACUCUGCAAGGUGGAAUCGAGAGUUGGCGUAAGAGCCAAGGCGUCUGUGAGGAAACAAAAACGGAUUCCGAAAAUGCAUAUCUCAACAGUGAUUUGUCGGGAUUCGAUUUUCAGGAAGUGGCCAAAUCGACCACGCCAAGCUACCAAUAUCGACUGGACUCCAGUUUGAACCCUAUGCUUUCAAAACCGCAUGCGCCGCAGGACGGCCAAGUGAGAACACCGCAAUUUUUCCCUAAUCAACAACCAGCGCUCAAGAGAAAUUCAAGUUUCAGAGAAAAGCUCAUUAAAUACUCUCCACUUCCGUCAAGGACAACAACACCCAUCGCAAAAUCUAAUGAAACGCAAUCAACUCUUUAUCCAGAAACUCCGAAGCUUGCACCAUCUGCUCCAGCACUCAACAAUCUACCACAUAUUUCACCAAUUCAGUCGUACACCCUGUCUCCAAUUUCUAGAAGUGUUUCACCACCAAAUACGCUAACAUUGGGCAAAACUUCUACUUUUCCACCGCAGGGUAGCUUGCCAGAGCGAUUUACAGGAAGUAGACCCCAGUUCAGGCCAAAUGAUGUCCCCAAAUCGACCAGCAAUGGCGUAACUCGAAAGGAGUAUUUGGACAAGGAUUUGGAUUUUAAUGUCGGUUUGGUCAACUUGGGCAACUCCUGCUAUAUGAAUUGCAUCGUUCAAUGUCUUCUCGGAUCAAGAGAACUUUGUCGGAUUUUUUUGGAUGAUUCUUAUAAGAAUCAUGUCAAUUUGAACAGCAAACUUGGCUCGAAGGGAGUUCUGGCAACAUAUUUCUCCAAGCUGAUCCAUGUGAUGUAUAAUCAGGCACUAAUGAUAAAGACCAAGAGACUUCCGACCAAUGAAAGGACUGCCGUACAACCUUCACAUUUCAAAGUUGCUUGUGGCUCAAUCAAUUCCCUGUUCAAAAGCUCUUCACAGCAAGAUUGCCAAGAAUUCUGUCAGUUUCUUCUUGAUGGCCUGCAUGAAGAUCUAAAUCAAUGCGGCGCAAACCCGCCUUUGAAAGAACUUUCGAGAGAAGCUGAAGACAUGCGUGAAAAGCUUCCUGUGCGAAUUGCUUCAUCAAUUGAAUGGGAAAGAUAUUUGACUACAGAUUUUAGCGUUAUUGUGGAUUUAUUCCAAGGCCAGUAUUCGUCACAACUUAAGUGCCAAGUUUGCAACAAAACUUCUACCACGUACCAACCGUUCUCAGUCUUAUCUGUCCCAGUUCCGUUUGGAAACAGGUGUACUAUAUUAGAUUCCUUCAGCGAGUUCACCAAAGUUGAAGUCCUGGAUAAGGACGAACAAUGGUCAUGUCCACGAUGUAAACAAAAGCAACCAUCGACCAAAAAAAUUACUAUAACAAGAUUGCCUCGAAAUCUUAUCAUUCAUUUGAAGCGGUUCGACAAUAUGUUAAACAAAAACAACAUUUUUGUCGAAUAUCCUCAUGUCUUGGAUCUGACAAGUUUUUGGGCCGACGACAAACGUGACGACGCUCCGGCUAGCUUGCAAGAAUUGCCCACUCGUGGACAGGUGCCCCCAUUCAAGUAUAAACUUUACGCUGUUGCUUCUCAUUCGGGAACUCUUUAUGGGGGUCAUUACACUGCCUAUGUUAACAAAGGUCCAUGGCAUGGAUGGUGUUACUACGAUGAUACAUCCUGUCGAAAAGUAAAAAACUCUGACGAAUGCAUCACUAAAAGCGCCUACGUCCUUUUUUACCAUCGUAUAUACGAUUCUUAG